AUGUUGCAGAAGAGUCAGGAAAUGGAUGGUGGCAACCAGAGUGGGGACUCUGGCUUCCUCCUGGUGGGGAUUUCAGAGAUUCCCGAGCAGCAGUCCAUCCUCUUUUGGGCCUUCGUGUCCAUGUACCUGGUCACCGUGGUGGGGAACGCGCUCAUCAUCCUGGCCAUAGCCUCUGACUCCCGACUGUACACGCCCAUGUACUUCUUCCUGGCCAACCUCUCCUUCACCGACCUCUUCUUCGUCACCAACACCAUCCCCAAGAUGCUGGUGAACCUUCAGUCCCAGAACAAAGCCAUCUCCUACGCAGGGUGUCUGACGCAGCUCUACUUCCUGGUCUCCUUAGUGGCCCUGGACAACCUCAUCCUGGCAGUGAUGGCCUACGACCGCUACGUGGCCAUCUGUCGCCCCCUCCACUACACCACCACCAUGAGCCCUAAGCUCUGUGUCUCCCUCCUCGCCCUGUGCUGGGUCUUGUCUGUCCUCUACGGCCUCAUCCACACCCUCCUCAUGACCAGGGUGGUCUUCUGUGGAGUGCAGAAAAUCCACUACAUCUUCUGUGAGAUGUAUGUCCUGUUGAGGCUUGCAUGUUCCAACACCCAGGUCAACCACAUGGUGCUGAUUGUCACGGGCUGCUUCGUCUUCCUCAUUCCCUUAGGGUUCAUGAUCACGUCUUAUGUGUGGAUUAUUAGAGCCAUCCUCAGAAUCCCCUCAUCCUCUAACAAGUACAAAGCCUUCUCCACCUGUGCCUCCCACUUGGCUGUGGUCUCUCUCUUCUAUGGGACACUGUGUAUGGUGUAUCUGCAGCCCCUCCAUACCUAUUCCAUGAAGGAUUCAGUGGCCACGGUGAUGUAUGCUGUGGUGACCCCCAUGAUGAAUCCUUUCAUCUACAGCCUGAGGAACAAGGACAUGCACGGGGCACUGGGAAGACUUUUGAGGAAACCCUGUCAGGGACUCAUAAAGGGGUAA